GGAAACACCGUCGGGCGACGUGGGCCUUUGGUUCAUUCCCCUAUGUAGAGUUGUGGAUAGCAAAUCCUCGUCUCAGAUGUUCUCAUUUCCACCUUCCAAGACCUGAUGCAUGGACGAAUGGAGAUCUUUGAGACAGGACGAAACCAGCCACCUUCUGCGUCAGGGUGCAUGUCUCCCUAUUCAUCGAGCGAUAGCAAGGAGCCACCCUCACGCUGGAAGCAUACUGCACGAGCGAAAUCCCGCAGUCAGUCCCAACAGCAUUUUACCAGAUUCGGAUAGCACAGCGAACCCGAAUAAAUUACUGUCAUUUCCUGAUGGAUUCGCCAAGCACGUAAGCGCUGAGCCCUAUGCUAAGCAAGGUAAGUCUUUGCCUCGGGGACGGACUCCGUUCUUUCCCUGCAGGAUGACUGAUCCGGCUCAGCGUCCCAAAGUCCUACCUCUCCUGCAGCAGACCAGUCAGACUUGUGGCUCAAAAAGUACGGUACGUUGGACUGAGUUGACCACCAGUCCUUACCGCUUCAGCCGCACUUGGCAGAGGCACUUGAGGACAACUGUGCUUCAGGAGAUGCACGUUUGCCGAGGUGCUUGGAACGUUGCUUGGUUUGAAGAAAGCAGCCUUGCGUGCCUUGGCCGUGAGAGUGAAACAAGGGGUGCAGGUGAGGGCUCAUGCGUUCGAUAACCGAAUCUGCUCUGGCCUCCGCUGGGGUACAUCCGGCGCAUUCCACGUGGCCUUUGCUUUUGGGAAGCGAC